AAAUAUUCAUUCCUCGUUCGCUCUCAAUCCUCGCCACUAAAUUUUACUUCUUAAAUUUCAUUUUCUUUUGAAAUAUUUCAAUUUUCUUACUGAUCUAAUUGCUUUACUGGUUAGACUUGUAAGAGGUUUCGAUAGAUCCCUCGAGUAAAUUAAGAAAAGAUGGGAGGAGGAGAACAUGGAGGGCAUGGAGCAGAGGAUUUCAGGACGAAGGUGUGGAGCAUGUCUGGUGGCCCAUAUUGCCGGCCCAAGCACUGGCGUCGCAAUACUGCGAUUGCUAUGUUCGGCGUUUUCCUCAUUUGUAUCCCGAUCGCCAUGAAAUCCGCCGAGCUCGAGCAACGGCCUCAUCAGCCCGUUCGUCCAAUUCCUUCACAGCUGUGGUGCAAGAACUUUGGAAACAAAGAUUAUUGAUGAAGCAGCAAUGAUGGUUCAGACAAACCUACGGGCGGCAGUUCAGUUGUUUAUUUGCAGUGGAUUUGGUAACAUGCCCUAUGAUUUGAAUUUGAGACUCUGAUCGGUUUAGAUUUCUAUAUGAUCAAUAAGUGGUGACCGUAACUUUGCCGGUCACCUUCACAAAAUCUUAAAACUGGCUUUUGUAAGUGUUUCAUGUUUUUGUUAUGGUAAAGAAAAAUUGGGUGCU